GGACAAGGUGGAACAAAGCAGGGAAUGACGACUUCGUGCACGGGAUGGCAAUCAAAGGUCGGCCGGGUAUGGACAUGGACGACGGAAGAAUUAGAGUGCGGCAUUUGGAGAGCUCUCGAGCGACGAACGAUGGAAACAAGGGUGGUAGGGACAUACAGGCGGGGAAUGAUGAUGAACAGAGCCGCGGCUGGCGAGAUGCUCGAGAUGGAUUGCUUUUGUUGCGUAGCUCUUCGCCAUCGUCGAUAUCUGCUCGUCCCUCCAGUGCCUCUUGCUGCAGCAGCGCAGCUUGUCGACGAUCACAUCAGGGACAAGUACUGGCAAAACCAGAAAAAAGGAGGAGCUCGAUCGCACUACCGGGACAGGGAUUCUUCACAGGCAGGCAGAGAAAAUGGUUACAGGCUGGGACUACUGGUGACUUGUAGGUGAGAGUUUAGCGACAGGGACGAUCUCUCUUCAUAUCUUCUGGCGAAGUGGAAAAAUGCUUCUUGCCAGUCACAGAAGAUGGCCAUGACCAGCGAAGCGGAGGAUCAAAGUAUCCGGAGAUCACGGAAGUUACUCCAGGAGAUCGAGGCAAGGCCGCCGCCACCUCCGCCGCUCGCGCAAUCGAAAAGCACAGGCAAUCUUCUGGACACGCAGAUUGUCAUAGUACUCGGCGCGGUACUCUGUGUGCUCAUAUGCGCGGUGUGGCUCCAUUCCGUGGUACGGUGCAUGGUACGGCGCAACCGGCGGCAGCCGGUGGCGACCGUCACCGGCGGCGGCGAUGACGAGAGCGCCGCCGGGCUGGACGCGAAGACCAUCUCCACGCUGCCCGUCGUGCCGGCCCCGGUGGACGGGCAUGACCGGCAGGCACCCGUGGGGCCGGUCGCUCUUAGCAGCAAUUCCGAGUGUAUUGUUUGCUUGCAAGAGUUUGGGCAUGGCGAGAGGAUGAAGCUCCUCCCAAA